AUGGAUAUCCCAAUGCUUCCCUCUGUCAAAUCCUCAUCCCAAUUUGCUUGGGCCCUUCUCAUCUUUCUCUUCCAAAUUGGAUUUAUCGUCCUAGUCUUCACUAUUACCACCUCUCGUGCUCCCAGAGUUUCGACGACGACGACGGCAGACGACCAAUUAUCCUCAGCCACCCAUCCGCAGCAGCAGCAACGACAGAUACCGAAGGAACAGAUUACUCGACAGCUGCUUGCUCCUCCUCCUCCUGAUCAGCAUCCUGAUGUUGUUGACCAAGCACAAUGUGAAUAUGGGAAGGUUUACGUAUACGACGACCUUCCUCCAAUUUUCAACAAGAAACUGCUGGAAAACUGCAUUAUAGACUCUCGUAAAUCCCAAUGCGAGGCGCUGUCCAACGGUGGAUUUGGGCUUGAAGCCACUACCGCUCUCGCCGGCAUUGUCCCGCCUGAGCUUGCUCGUGCUUGGUACCGGACCCACGUGUUCGCGAGCGACCUUAUAUUUCACAAUCGGAUUCUCAACUACAAGUGUAGAACCAUGGAGCCGGAAUCCGCUAAGGCAUUCUACGUCCCAUUUUAUGCUGGACUAGCGGCCUCCAACAUUUUAUUCAGUGGCUACACUGCCAAAGAACGAGAUGAACCCUUCUACACUUUCCUCGAAUGGAUCAAGAACCAGCAUUAUUGGAAGAGAUCCAACGGUUCUGAUCAUUUCCUUACUGUGGGUCGAACUUCAUGGGACUUGAAAGUUGAAACGGGUCCGUGA